AUGGCCGACAGCGAGCACGCACGCAUCGCUCAGUGGCAGGGCAGCCUGCUGCCGAACAUAGUCGACCGGCUGGCGCGCGACCUGCCCGAUGCCGUAUACGCGGAGUGGCCGGUGCUGCCGGCGUCGUACGAGGCCGGUUUCCGCCGCGUCACGUACGCCGAGCUGGCCAACGUUGUCAACGGGCUUGCCUGGUGGCUCAUCGACCAGCUCGGCCACCCCAGCCAGACCGGCGAGGUGCUGGCGUUCAUAGGCCCCAACGAUGUGCGGCUCACGGCGCUGAUCCUCGCCGCCGUGAAGACGGGCUAUGUGAUCUUCUUCACCUCGCCGCGCAACAGCCCCGCGGCGCACCAGUCGCUCUUCGACCGUCUCCGGUGUCGUGUCCUGCUGACUCCGGACCCGGUGCCGGCGCCCGCCGAGCCCGUGCUGGAAGCCGUCGUCGAGCUGCGCAGGCUGGCCAUUCCACCCGCGGACGAGCUCCUCAGCAGGAAAUACCCCCACUAUGGCUAUAGCAAGCCGUUUGAGGAGGCCCGGUGGGAUCCCCUCUUCAUCAUACACACGUCGGGGUCCACCGGCAUGCCGAAGCCCCUUAUCUGGACCCAGGAGUCCGGCGUACGCCAGCACAACGGCAGUGCCCUUGCUCCCCCAGAAGGCGUACCGUCCUUGUACGGCCUGUACCUUGGCAAGCGCGUAAUGAACACGCUGCCGCCCUUUCAUGGAGCCGGAUUGGGCCAGUACUUGUUCUUUGGCAUUCCGUUCGGGAACGUCAUGAUCUCGCCCGCCACGGCCACCAUCGCGACGGCCCAGGGGGUUGUCGAGGCGCUGAAGCGGUCGCCGGCCGACAUCGCGCUGCUGCCCCCCUCAGUUGUAGCCGAACUGGCGCAGCAUCCUGAUCUCCUCGAGUACUGCGCCGAGCACCUCGAGCUGAUCGUCUACAUCGGGGGCGAUCUGCCUGAGGCCCUCGGUGACCGAGUCGCCGCCAAAGUGCCGCUGCGCUGCCAAUGGGGCGCAUCCGAGGUCGGCGUUCCCGACCAGCUGCUGCCGGCCGAGCUCUCCGGGCGCUCCGACUGGCACUAUGUCCGCUUCCAUCCGGACGCCGGCAUUGUCUUCGACGAAGUCGCCGACGGCAUGUACGAGCUCGUCGUGCGGCGGGACGAGGCGCUGGCCGACACGCAGCUGCCCUUCAGCAUCCGCGGCCUGGACCGGCUGGAGAAGGAGUACCGCACGCGGGAUCUGUUCGAGCCGCACCCGACGGUGGCCGACGCAUGGUGCUGGCGGGCUCGCGCCGACGACGUCAUCGUCUUCCUCAACGGCGAGAAGACCAACCCGGUCUCGAUGGAGCAUUACAUUGUGGCCCACGCGCCCGAGCUGAGCGGCGCCCUGGUCCUGGGAGCCCAGAGGUUCCAGGCCGCCCUGCUCAUCGAGCCUGCCGACGCCGACCUCACGCGGACGACAGCCGAGCAGGCCGCCCUGGUCGAGCGCAUCUGGCCCGUCGUGGAAGAAGCCAACCGUGCAGCCCCUGCGCAUGCCCGCGUCGAGAAGCCGCUGGUUCUCGUGACCACACCAGACCGCCCGCUCAUCCGCACUCCCAAGGGCACCAUCCAGCGGGCUACCAGCAUCGCCCAGUAUUCCGCCGAGAUCGACCGCCUGUAUGCGGAUGCCGAUGUUAUCCUGGACGAUGACGAUGACAUAGUAGCCUCCGGCCCGAGGCUCGAUCCCUCCAACACAAACGCCGUAGCACAGUUUGUCCGCGAGAGCGUUGGUGCCGUCACCGGCUGGCACGACGUCGACGACUCGGUCAACUUCUUCGAGCGCGGCAUGGACUCGCUGCAGGUGCUUCAGCUCACCCGUACCCUACGCCGCGGUCUGUACCGUUCCGACCUCGGCAUCUCGACUGUCUACCAGCAUCCCACCGUCCCCCAGCUAACCGCCGCCGUUAUAUCACGGAGGGGCAACGGCGCGCGGAUGGAGGAUCCAGAUAGGGAGAUCAUGGAACCGCUGCUGUCCACGUACCGCGGCCUCAUCCACCAGAUUCCGAAAACAACGACCAAGUUGUCGUCCCUCGGAGACGCCAACAGCAGUACACGACCGCUCCCGGAACCGGUCGACGUCGUCCUGACGGGCUCGACCGGUGCGCUCGGCACGCUACUCCUGCACGCGCUGCUCCGCCGCCCCGAGGUCGGCCACGUGUUCUGCUUGAACCGCAGCGCCGACGGCGGGCGCGCCGCGCAGGCCAAGCGUUUCGCCGCGGCAGGCAUCGCGGCCGACCGCAUCAGCUUCCUGCACGCCGACCUCGCGCGGCCGUCCCUGGGUCUCGACGACGCGACGUACGCCUCGAUCCGCGCGCGCGCCGCCCUCGUCAUCCACAACGCCUGGCCCGUCAACUUCAACCUCGCGCUGCCGGCCUUCCGGCCCCAGCUCGCCGGCCUGGUGAACCUGUUCGCGCUCGCCGCCGCCGCCAACCAUCCCAUGCGCAUCGUCUUCAUCUCGUCUGUCGGCGCGGUGGCCGCCCACCGCGCCGGCCCCGCGGGAGAAGCCAUCCUCGAGUUGCUCGACACGCCGUUCCCGAACGGGUACUCACGCAGCAAGUUCCUCGCGGAGCAGUUGUGUGAUGCCGCGGCGCGCCACCUCGGCCAGCCGGUGUCGGUCCUGCGCGUCGGGCAGAUUGCCGGCUCGGUGCGUAGCGGUGGCGCCGGCGCCGGCAUGCAGUGGAACCGCGCCGAGUGGCUGCCCAGCCUAGUCCUCACCUCGCUGCGCCACCUGCGCUGCCUGCCGGACAGCCUCGGCCCGGCUUUCUCCAACGUCGACUGGCUUCCGGCGGAUCUGCUGGCCGAGGCGGUCUGUGACCUCGCGUUCGCGGCUGACCUCCCCCAGGAGGAAGAAGGAGGAGGAGGAGAAGACCAGCCCGGCGCCGGCGCCGGCGUCUUCCACCUGCGGAACCCGCAUACCACGCCGUGGCGCACGCUGCUGCCGGCCAUUGUCGACGUGGCGUUGAAGCACGGGGCACCGCGACCGGACAUCGUGCCGCCGGCGGUCUGGCUGGCCCGUCUGCACGAGAGCGAGAGCAGCGAUGGCGUGUCCAAUCCGGCCGUCAAGUUGAUCGACUUCUACCGCCACGGACUGUGGGCGCCCCGCGAUGCCGGCGGAGGCGACGACCCGUCCGCUAAGCUUGCUAAUAAUAACAAUGCUGCCUCGCCCGUCGUCAUGUUGUCGGUCGGGCGAGCGCUGGCCGCCAGCUCGACCCUGCGCAACAUGCCGCCAGUUGGUCCGGAGUGGAUGCGUAAGUGGGUGAAUGAAUGGAUUGCGGCUGAGAAGUAA